CGUCAAUUUGGACGGUCAACUCCAUUGACCGUUAGUCAACAUGUCAUGUCAUUGCCUAGUCAGCAUAAAAAUCAUUAAUCAAAUUCAAAUUCAAUUACACCUAAUUAUAAUAAUUAAACAUCAACUUAUAUCACCUUGUCAAGAGAAUUUGGAUAAUUUUAAGCAUAGUAAUUUUGAAGUAGAUUAUGGGGAUACAAAUUACUCCAAGAAUACCAAACUCUCCAACAAAGAGACAAAUAAUGGCCACUUUCCUUGGUUCCUCUCUUAAUCACAUGCAUCGCAUUAUGGGGCAGAUUUGGACUUCACUAUGAACAGUCAUUUUUGGUUCCUUUCUGGCCAUUAUCUCAAGUUUCCCAUCCAACACGUACCCCCAAAAUCUAACAAAUGUGCAAUGAGCCAAUGCUACUUCCAUGUCAUUAUCCCUUCCUUAGCCUUUUGUUUCUUAGGACCUUUUUAAAUUACAAAUUUUGAUGAUGAUAUAGCAUUUGGUGUCAAUACUUAUCCAUACCAGGUUAUGUGUUGGUCGCAAAAGUUAUACAUAAUUGUGUUACUAGAACUAAAUUGACAAGUACAUGAUUUUGAAAUGGUUUGCGGAAUAUAGUUCGUCGAAGAAGUUUUAUCGACGGAUCUUAUAAUUAUGUCAUCCGAUAUGUUAAUCACAUAUAUCUUUCAUAUGUGUACGUCUACAUUACAAUGAUUCAUGUAUUUGAGUGAAAUUUUCUGUAUUUUUUUUUAUGUCCAACGGGAGAAUAAUUUUGCAGCAAUUCAUCUCAAUUAUCAUAAUCACGAGACAGAUUUAGAUUAUCACAUUACAUAUACCAUUUUAAUUUAGUACCAGUUUUCAACAACAAAAAAAUAAAUAAAUAAAUCCAUAGAACAAAGUGAAAAAAUGAUAGCAAACAACAAAACCGACAUUAAAUUCCAAAAUGUGAAUGUGGCAUUAGAGCCCUCCAAAAAAGUCGUUGUUUCUUAACUUGCUUUUCCACUUCCACUACAAACAACUUUUUCUCCGCUUUCUGUUUCCUUCUGUCUUCCAUUCUCACAUCCUUCACUAAUCUUCUCCCCACCAUCCGCCAUCUCCGAAUCCCCGCAAAACCCCAAAAACCAGCAACCCCAUCUUCCACACACAUUCAACUCUGCUCCAGUUCUCCAUCUUCAAUUCCUCACACAACAGAAACAGAGCACUCUGCUCCAGCCAUCUUCAAUUUCGCACACAACAGAAACGGAGCAAUGGCCUCUGCAUAUUCUCGUCCUAGUUCCCAGUGAGACAAAUCCAAGCAAAAGAAAGAACCCAUCCUUGAAUUUGAACAGAAACAAAAAAACAAAAUCAUGGGUCUCUCUCUUUCCCCCUUCUUCUCCAUGGGUCUGCUCUUACUCUCACUAUGUUUGACCCCUCACCUCGCUUCCGCAAACACCGAGCUACGAGCUUUAAUGGAGCUGAAAUCGACACUCGACCCAACCAACAAGCUAUUAAGAUCGUGGAACCCCACCGGCGACCCUUGUACCGGUUCAUUCGAAGGCGUCGCCUGCAACGAGCAUCGCAAAGUUGCCAACAUCUCCUUACAAGGAAAAGGUCUCUCUGGUACACUCUCCACUGCCAUCGCCGAGCUCAAAUGCUUAUCCGGCCUCUACUUGCACUACAAUUCCCUUUCUGGGGAAAUCCCCAGAGAGCUAACAAAUCUCGCAGAGCUUUCUGAUCUUUACCUGAAUGUCAACAAUCUAUCUGGAACCAUACCUCCACAGAUCGGCAACAUGGCAGCCUUACAAGUUAUGGAUCUGUGCUGCAACCAGCUGACAGGGAAUAUACCUUCGGCGAUUGGCUCCUUGAAGAAGCUGAGCGUUGUAGCAUUGCAGCACAACAAGCUAACCGGCGAAAUUCCUUCCAGUUUAUCCAACUCCUUAACUUUGACCAGGCUGGAUUUGGGGUUCAACUCUUUGUCCGGCGGAAUCCCAAUGGGAGUAGCUCAAAUCACGCAACUGGAGCUUCUGGAUGUCAGAAACAAUUCCCUCUCAGGAAUCGUCCCUUCUGCUUUACAGAGAAUGAACGAAAGUUUCCAAUUCGAGAACAACAGAGGUUUAUGCGGAAAUGGGAUUCCGGGACUAAGACAAUGCUCUGCUUUCGACAAUGUGAACAUCAACCAAAUCGGCGGCCAGUCGGGACCUCUAAUAAACGAUACAUUGUCGAGACAAACCCCGGAGGAGAAGCCGGUGAUCGUUGAGCCCAAAUCACAAUCCAAAUCCAAGUCCAAAUCUUCCCUCAAGCUCCCACAGGUCGCAAUAGUCGCCGGAGUAAUAAUCAUCACGAUCUCACUCAUCAGCUUAUGUUUUGUGAUCGUUUUCCGAUACCGGAGGCAAAAACAGAGGAUUGGGAACGUAUCCGAGUCUCCUGACAGCCGCCGUUCGAGCAGCGAUCAGACCAAGAAGGAAUUCCAGAGGGGGAGCAGCAUUUCUCCACUAGUGAGCCUGGAGUAUCCCAAUGGGUUUCAUUUACCGGAAGAAAAUCAGAAUCUCAACAGCUUCAUGUUCAAUUUAGAAGAGAUCGAGUCUGCCACACUCUGUUUCUCUGAAGCGAAUCUGUUGGGGAAAGGUAGCUUCUCCUCUGUCUACAGAGGAGUACUGAGAGAUGGGUCUGUCGUGGCAAUCAGGGUGAUCAACAUGACAAGCUGCAAGUCGGAGGAUUCCGAGUUUGCAAAAGGAAUGAGCUUGCUUACUUCCUUGCGGCAUGAUAACCUGGUCAGGUUGAGAGGAUUCUGUUGCUCGAGGGGGAGAGGUGAAUGUUACCUGGUUUAUGAUUUUGCUCCAAGAGGGAAGCUUUCGAAAUAUCUUGAAGCAGAGGAAGGGAGUGGGUUGGUGCUUGAUUGGUCCACUAGGGUUUCCAUCAUCGAUGGCAUUGCUAAAGGCCUUGGUUAUCUGCACAGAACAGAAGGAAGCCGGCCAGGGAUCAUCCACCGGAGCAUAUCGGUGGCGAAGAUUCUGCUCGACCGACAGUUCAACCCGUUGAUCGCCGAUUCAGGGCUUCCCAAACUUCUAGCAGAUGACAUCAUUUUCUUGACUCUGAAAACAAGUGCAGCAAUGGGGUAUCUGGCUCCAGAGUACAUAACAACUGGAAGCUUCACGGAGAAGAGCGACGUCUACGCAUUUGGAGCCAUCGUCCUCCAAAUCCUCUGUGGAAGAAGCAUGCUCCCUACCUCCAUGAGGGUGGCCGCUGCUUCAUGUCAAUACGAAGAUUUCAUCGACAAAAGCAUACAGGGGAAAUUCUCGGAGCAUGAGGCUGGGAAGCUGGCACGCAUUGCUCUUCGUUGCACUCACGAGCUGCCAGAGGAACGGCCAGACAUGGAAGCAGUGAUUGAAGAGCUGAACAGAGUCCACGAACUUGCUUCUUCUUGAUUUGCAUCAUAUUUGUUUGCUGUACCCUUCAAUGAUCUUGGUGAGAAGAGAAAAAGAUGAAAAACAGAGUUUAGCUGAUGGAUGAAAGAUAGUUUCAAUGUUUAGAUUGGUCAUCCAUCCACGUUAUUAUGUAAAGAGUUGUUUGGAUUGUGCAUUUGUGAAGGUGGAUUGUGCACACAAUUCCGUUUUUCAUACAAAUAUAUCGCUUGGCCAUACAAAAGAUAGGGUUUGCUGCUGUAACAAAAAGUAAAAACAUGAUAUGAUAUAAACUUCUACAAAGCUUCUAGAUUCUUGGUGAAAGAAAACAACGAGAAUAGAGUUUCAGUACAACA